CAAUUUCAGCUGUGCUUUUCCUACUAUGACAAGUCAAUAUGUCUGCUGUGAGAAAGGUCCAUGUGCUGUUGACGAUGGCGACCAACCCAUACAGGUGUAGGUGAUAUAUUGUAAUUAAUUGGUUCAGUCACACGCCGAGCGCGUGGAUAAGCGUGAUGAGCGGGUGAAGGACGCAUUCCACACGGGAACUAAUAAACAUCACUUAAGAAUGAGCAGAAGACCACCUAAUGGGUCCAAGGAUGAUCUUAAAGGUAAAGCUACUAGAGGGAAGUGCUACGCCUCUUCUAAAAAGGAAAGUGAGCUCCAGCCUUCUCUUCAUUCUUGCAAGGAACAGAAACGGAGGCUUCAAAUUAGAACAUCUUGUCGACGCUUGUGUGAUCUUCUGCCCUUUGUCAAGAGUCCGUUAGACACAGCAACCACAUUAGAGCUCACUGCAAAGUACAUGAGCUACCUGAAGCAGACUCUGCCUCCGAACAUUCUGUCUGAAGUUAAUAAAGCAGUUGAGGCCAAUGUGAGUUGUUCGUGGAAAAACGUACAAAUGCCACAGAAGAAACGAAGAACAGUCGGGCUAAAGAAGAAUACUUUGCACAGAGCAAAGCCGACUGCUAAGAAGUUCACUGAGGAUCAUGUCUCAAGAAGAUGCACUCGGCAGAAGAUCUGUAAACAAGUGACUCAGCCAUCUAGCACAGUAACCAGUCCUCUGACAAUAGACCAGAUGCUUCCUCCAGCUGACGGCCUGGCCACAGUGCAUGCCCCGCCAAUACUGCUGGACAAAUCUGCUGUUCCCUGGGGACAAAUGCUGCCAGUGUGCCAGGAUCAAUUUCUCUCUGCCUCGUUUCAGUCUGUGGAAAAAAACUGGAUCAAAAUGACCUCUGCAUUUAUUAACCCUACUUCAUGUGCUUUCCCACCUGCAAUGAUCCGCCCCACUUUUUUACCAUCUUCAAGCCAUGCGCUAUGGGAUGUUGAUCCUGGCCUGGUGGAUCCUGUUGCUCUCCCAUCAGUGAAUUUUGGCCAAGCCUACAGCCCACCUGAACAGACUACAGUAGCAAACUUCAUCAUGCCCCCGGUAGAACAAGGUCCGAUCCAUUUCCCUAUGGUUGGUACGACUGACAGCGAUUCAGCAGUAGAUUUUACAAACCAACCACUCAUCCCGUUUUCUAUGUUUCAAAGUGCAACUUCACGUUCUAAUGAGCUGACCCCUGAGGCUGGAAAUGAGCCAGUGUCAGAUGCUCUGUGUGAUUCAAGACUCCUUCAGGAGAGUGACCUGUGUAGCAGUAGCCCUUUGACAGACAGUCCACAGGAUGUGGUCAAUCCAUUGUGGCUGGAUUUGCUGUUAGAUACCAAUGGUAACUUGUGCUUCCCUGAUGCUAACCUUGUAAACGUUGUUCUUUCACCGUACACAGGGUCCAACUAACUGUCAUAUAUCACAGAUAUGUGAAAUAUAUAUACAGCCAAUAUUAGAGAAAUAGAUGUUGAGAUAUUAAAGUGUUGUUGCUUUUUUGUUGGUCUAUAAUACAUAUGUAAAAUAUAUAGAAAGUUAAUGUUUUUUCUCUCACAUAUGAUUGAGCUAAAGCUGCAUUGUUGUGAUUUGCUUAAGGGGCAAAGUAGCUUGGCAUGCAAUACAUGACUACUGUCAUUGUUACGGCCAACCAAUUGUAGCUCAUAGUGACAAAGUCCAUGAGGUCUGUGUGCAGCAUAGUACACAGACCCAAUAAAUACAUUUGAGUAAAAAGUGCUUGCAGGUUUUCCCCAUUUUUUUGUUGUUACAGAUGGCAUUUCAGUUUGUCUUUAGUAAAUUUUUCUUU